AGUGAACAGACAAACAGUGACGCGAGAAAAUUUGGUUUCUCAUCGAUUCUUUCUUUUCAUCUCGGAUUUGUAAUAGAAACAGGAACUAGGAUUCUGUCUCCUCCUUGGGAUCAUCAAGAGGGGUAUGUGAUUAUGGAAAUUGAAAAUGUCCCGAUUAAAGCAUCAGAGUCUAAGGCGUUGAAAUCAGUGGUAAAGGAACAGUGUUUCAGCCCGGAGAAGAACAACAUCAACAACAAAAUGGCCGCAACAAAUGGGUUUGUAAAAAUUUCAUCAAAAUCAGCUGGAACACAAACGAAUGAAGAGGAUAUUCCUCCCGAAGAAAUCCAGAAAGAAGCCGGCCUCCUAGCCCAAGACAUUGUAUCAUAUGUGGCACAAAGAAAAGAAACAAAAGCUCCAGAUAGACAUUGUCAAACCCUGAGGAGAACUGUUGACCAACUUUCUCAAAAACAUGACAUUGUAUUCAAAGCAAUGGUGAAAAAACUUGACAUUUCACAAGAAAAUGGUUACAAAACAUUUGUCAAUGUUGCAGAUGAAAUCUUCGAGGAUGGCCAAGUUAACUGGGGAAGAGUUGUUACUGUGUAUACAUUUGGUGCAAGAAUAGCGAAACAUUGUACUGAAAAUGAUAUGACCGAGUUUACGCCAAAAAUUUCUGAAUUCAUGGGUCGAUAUGUCGCAGUGCGGCUGGGAAAGUGGAUCAAUGAAAAUGGGGGAUGGGAUGCUUUCUCUGAAUACUUCCCUGAUGAGAAUGAUGUUGAAAACAAAGUUUGGAAAGGUCUGAUGUUUACUGCGAUUGGCUUAGGCGCUCUUGCAACCAUGACCCUAGCAGCAAGAUAAAUAACACAAGCAGACAUGGGUAACAAAUGCAACAUGACUUAAACAACAAGUCACUACUCAACACAUCUCUAUAUGGAUUUUAAACAUUCAAUAAGUCUAUCUAAGCCGACUAAAACAGAAUUUUUUUAUUGAUUUACCUGAACUGGAUUUAACCUGACCUACCUAUAGUGGUAUAUUUCUAGUCGUAAACAACUGUAUGUGGACAAAAGAGAAAAAGA